CAUCCCGCGUCCCGCAUUGUGCGUAUCGCUGUCGCCAGGCUGCGCUUACUCGUGCACUACCCCUCCAUCUCCUCAUCAUCCUCCAGUCGCUCAUGCUCCCUCGAUUCACCCACGCUAGUUCUGCUGGGCCAAUUGGUCAUCCUUCAAUGCGCUGCUAUAAAUGUCAUCCAUCACUCUUUUGAACUUGAAAGGCACCGAGACCUUCACCUGCGUCGGGGUGUGAGCCCGCUGUAUUGUCGAGUGCCUGCUCAUGUCAACCUGAUACUGGUCCGGCUCGGGACCGCUAUUGCUGGUCUUUCGACACCGACACAGAGCUACUCCCUUGCGACACCGCCAUCUCCUCGCGUUCCCCCGGAGCCUCGAUCCUGCCAGGAUUGCUGCCACCGCUGCCUUCUAUAUAUCGACUCAUUCGAUCGGAUCCACUGUCCAUUUGGUACCGGCAACGCCUUGAGCUUCAAGACGACUCGAGCACAAUGCCUGUGGCAUCUCUGCAGAAAGGCUCUCUAUCCGCCAACGUGAGGGCUCUACCUCAAAGAUCUAGUAUCUACCGGACUUAUCGAGUCAAUGCCGUCCAAGUUCGAACACUCUGGUGGUGGGGCCGACAGACGGGCAACCCUUGGUCUCCCUCGGAGGAUUUUGAAGAGCGCGUGAGAAGACAUCACAAGAUUAUGAAGUCAAGAUACUACAAAGUUCUCCGAAGAAGAGCAUUGUGGGAGUCAGAAGAUACGUAUAUUCGGCCGUGGCGUCACCAUCGCCUCUGGUCAAGCCGAUAUUGCGAUUACAAGCCAUUGUCUUCCACGGGAGCCUCAAGUCAAGAAGCAAAAGACCCCAAUAGUGAACAAGCCAAUGAGGCUCAGACUAUAUACAAAGACUUCGAUGCUUUCCGAGCCGCUGUCGACCGUGCUAUUGCACGAGACCCAUACGGAACUUUAUUCGGAAGGCGGCUCCAAAGCCCUCCGUCUUCCAAUAACUCGUCAUGGACGUCUUUCUCUUGGUUUUCUGACCCGAAGGAGAUCAAAAAUGAUCAAAGCGUUAAGGAUCCAGACCCUCCUUCGACCGUGACUGCAAAAAACUCGACUGAAAGGUCAACCUCUCCCUCAGAGUCAGGCCCAGGCAGGCAAGCAAUCAAGCAGUCGGCCAUGGAUAUUAGUGAGGAAGAAUAUGAAUACGACCCAAUCUCUAUGAGAAAGGUUCCCAUAAAGAAGCAAUCAGCUGAGCCUGCACCAAAGGAAGACCCUGAGCGAGAACAUCAAUCAGCAGUCCCAGAUCCCGAAAAGCCAUCUCAGCAGUCCAAGCCAGAAAAUCCGCUGUCCGAAGAUCAGUCACAGCAGCCAUUCUUAAAAAAUUUGUUUUUUCAAGAGCAUGGAGUUGACAUACCAGUCAAGACUUACAAGCCUCACAAAGUCUACGGCUACAACGCUUCGGAAAAGAAAUCGACUGAUGAAUCCACCUCCCUCUCCGCCAAAAGCGAGGGCUUCGACAGCUCGAGAAAACAAGAACUCCGGCAUUUGAUGGCACGGGCGAAGGGUAACAAUAUAGACACCACUGCCCUGUUCACAGAAAUUACCGCACAGUCAGAGUUGGAGACCACCGCUGGCGAAACCCCUGCUCCAAGGAAGACUCGAGAAUUGCCUGAGCCAGAUGACACUCUGCCGCUAUUCUCAGGCACCACCUACGAGGCAAAGGCCCGCAGGGAAGCAGACACCAACGCAUCAGAUUGGCUGGUUAAAGAAGGGUUUCGGCAACAGACUGGAGAGUCGGUAAAUGCCACAGAUGCGCAGGACUCUUCGAUUGACGAGCCAAUCAGGGCAAUCAGGAAUAGGCUGGAGCCGGCCCUCGACAGAGUGAAGGCACGGGCUGUUCACGAUCAAAAAGGCAAGUUGACCAGGCUGCAAACUGCGAUCGAUCGAGAGAUCUCUGCAUCUAUGCGGCCUGCUCGUUCUCCAGAGAAAGAGGCACGGGCGGAAGCUGCAGUGAUGGCUUCAAAAGAGGAGAAAGCGGACACCGAAGUCUCGAAAAUGACAUCAAGAGCAAAACUCGAAACGGAUUUCGAAGCACGACAACAAGAGGCCGCAAACGAAGGCAUCGCCUCGCCUAGGACCCUGGAGCUCGAAACUCCCACCAACAAAUUGACUAAAACCCUCAACAAUGUCUGGGAGCACAUCCGGGAAUACCCCAAUGGAAUCGUUGCCAAAACGAUGAAAUCCAUGACGAAUUUCAACGAGAACUACAAGAAGUAUAUUCGGCCGGAUGCGGUGAAGGGGCUGACCGACAAGCUCGUCUUCAAAGACGAAUCGUUGCGCAAUACUCCGUCCAUCUACAAGUCCAGCCCCAAACCCCAAAAACUGGCGCCUUUUACUCCUUCGCACAAUGUCCUCGCCGAUGAAAAAGAAGGCAUGCAACGGACAGCUGACUUGCGUGAGGUAACGGAGAAUAUGAAGAAGGACGCAGAAGUGGAAAAGGUCCAGAUGUCGCGAUUGGCUGCAGAUAUACAAGCUGUCUACGAGAGCGAGUAUGGGCCCAUUAAUCCCGAACACAGGCAGCGAGCACAACGUUCUCCAGAGGCCGAAGCUGUGUCUUCCACCACCACUUCUGAGCGAACCCCGGCCGGGCCCCACCCACUCUCUACUGCAAGCGUCCGACCCGGAGUCACCACAAAUCCAGUGAUUGAUAAUCAUAUUAGCAAGUUCGAGCCCAACUUUGCCAAGCUCGUGGACGAAGCAAAGCAGAUCCGUGCCGAGCUUCGAGAUGUUGACAUCAAGGCUCAGGAGUUGGACGGAUCGCGACAGGCUGCAAGUCAAGCAGAUAUUAAAGGUCAAAUCGAAGAGGCGAAGCCACCUCUUCACAAGUUGAGCGACGUCAUGCAAGGCGCGAAGGAGGUGAGAAGGGAAUUACACGAAGCUCAGAACACGAUAAGACGGAUUGAAAGUGGAAGACCAGCCAUCGCUUGGAGUGCUCCUCAAUUGUCUGGCUCCGACUUUGGCAAGAAGAGGAUUGACCUUAAAGCGCAGAAAGGUCUCGACGCCCCCAAAGCCACCUAUGAGAGCGUUGCUGAAAAGGAUACAAACACCGAGAGUGGAGUGAAGAUAGUUGCGCCGACUCGAAGUGAGAAGGAGCUGAAGACGGUUCCCGAACCAAUCCACACACCAUCAGGAUCACCUGUUUGGAAUGAUGAGCAACCCCCGCCAAUCGAGAGCAUGAAAGUGAGAAAGUUCGAUUCACCCUAUCUUGUUCUCACGUACGACAAGGCGACUGAGAAGGUCAACUUCUCUCCAAUGAAUCAACCCACUACUGAAAUACCCAAGUCUAACAAUGUGAUUGGUAUUCUGGGACGACUGAGAAAUGCACCAGAAUUUCUUAAGCAUUUCCAAACCAUGCAAAGAGCAGGAUAUUCUUUGUACAAUGGAACCGAGAACAUGUUAAUUUUCCAGAAGAAGCAAGCAGAACACGUCACAGGUUCAACUGUGCCCAAGGCUGAAACAGAAGCACAAUCGUCGACGGACGGAACAAUGUCGACGACUGGAGCCAAUGUUACUCCUCAGCUACCAGGUCAGCAGGCAGCUACGGUCUUGGAUGAAUUGCCCGCCGAGUUGAACCCGCUCCCUGGCCCAGCAGCUCCCACAGCCCCUCCAUCUCGUCCGUUCGGAAAUCAGCCAAAAGUGAGAAGACAGGAGAAGGUCUUCUCUGGAACAAUUCGUCCAAAUGCUUCGUCCUCAGCGCCGUCCCAAGCACCGGACGAGAAGCCGUCGGCAUCGAAUUUUGACAAGGCCAAUGCUGAUACACAGAGCGAGGGUCUAUGGAUGCGGUUCACGCGCGCAGUGAAAUACACACUGUUGACUCUCACGGCGCUGAGUCUCUGUGCUUAUACUAUCGGUUUUGUCGCAGAAGGGCUGAGUGCUCACGCCCAGCAGCAAAAAGGGAUCGAUGACGGAGAAGCGCAAGGACCGAGAAAGCGAAUAGUCAUGACGGGUCAGCGGCCGGGGAUCUUUAGCACCGAAAGUUCUCGAUGAGGCAUGUUGCAGAUGUGAGGCUCGUCCAGUUUGAAAUGCCGGCGGAUACGAAAAUUAAUGUGGAUGGGAAGCACUCGUUUAAUGUUUUGCGUCUCUUUCGGUGCGAGGCGCAGGCGGCACUGCAGGACGAUUACCACUAUGAUGUAUAUACCAAGUCCGCUCUUCCUCUUAGUUUCUUGUCUUUAUAGCGACUCUGCUCCAAAUCCCAUAUUCUCGGUUGUUGCUCGGCAACGAGAUAUAUAUUCG